AUCCAAGGACAUUUUGUUUUUCCCGAGGUUUUUUUUUUUUUGUCUGAUUGGUGUAAAGAACGGCUCUAGUAUCAUUUGCUUAUAGGCUAAUAGCAUGAUAUAAGCUCUUUUCCUUUUUGGUAUAAGCAAGAUAAUACCGUGAGUCCAUAACCCUAUCCAGCAUCAGUUACAAGUGUUUUAGUAGCCUUCCCUAUAACUUUGCCAAAAAUCAGUGUGUUACUGGCCAGGAAGGGGGGAUGAAAGAUUCUGGCUAUGCGUCACCCAAGGCGACUUGUCUUGUCAGGUUGCUUGGCAGCUUUGGUGGUGAUGACUAUUUUUUCUGCUUUUGUUGGUUGGGCUGCUCCUAAUCUGAUUUCCCGUAAAUGGACUCACCAUGUAACAACGUUGUUAUUCUUUGGGUUUGGCGUAUGGUCUUUGUGGGAUGGAUUUCAUGAGGGAGGGGAAUCUGAAGAACUAGCUGAAGUUGAAGCAAAAUUGGAUGCUGACUGGACGAAGGCCAACCCUGGACCAGCCAAACAGAAUGGCAAGGUUGCUGAUGAUGUUAAAAAAGAGACGCGGCCAUUUCUCUCACAGUUCUUCUCACCCAUCUUGUUGAAGGCAUUUUCGAUCACAUUUUUCGGUGAAUGGGGUGACAAGAGUCAGUUGGCUACAAUUGGUCUGGCUGCAGACGAGAAUCCAUUUGGUGUUGUUCUUGGCGGAAUUGUUGGACAAGCAUUGUGCACAACUGCUGCUGUUGUGGGAGGGAAGAGCUUGGCGGCUCAGAUUUCUGAGAGAAUGGUAGCCCUCUCAGGCGGAGUCCUCUUUAUCGUGUUUGGUAUUCAGUCCUUUCUCUCAGCAGCGGAAUAGUAAGACAUACGAUUAUGUUUAAGGUGAGUGAUAUUACAUCCAAUAUCUGCCGUACAUUUGGACCACUGAUUCAAUUGAAACUCUGCUAGCACAUUCCUGUUAAAUCAAGUUUGACACAACUCCACCCAGUUCAAAGUAAUGGUAUCCUGUUAGUUAGAUUCUCAUAAGAGCUUGCGUUCACCGACUUCCCUGCCUAUUUCUUGUUAUGAUGUUCGGUACAAUUGGGAAGGAGGAACUAUUUGCAGGGAAAGCCACUUGAGUUUUGAGUUGUUUCUUCACGUGAUUGCAUCUGCUGAACUUUUUUGUUUCUUUUGCCAUAGUGAGAAGAUA